UGCAUAUGCAUUGUGUAGUUGACAAGACAAAAGCCGGCAGCAUCGAAUACCUUCAUUGUUUCGAUUGUUAUUCGAUAUACUUAUGAAGUGGCGCCACCCAUCGAUUACUACUGAAGUGAGCUUCAGGAACAACUGCAGACCUAACAGUUAAGAUUAACCAACGAACCAACCAACCAACCAGCCAGCCAGCCAGCCAGCCAGCCAGCCAGCCACGUGUCCGAAGAAGUGCCUUUAAUUAAAAGUUUUUAAUUUGUUUAGUUUGUAAUAAGUAAAGAAUAAUGGCUGCUUCCGAGCAAGACGAUAAUGAGUUAAAACAACUAUUGAAUACUCCUAUGAAAAAUAUUACAGCAGAAGAUACAUGUAUGGCUCCACCAUUAUCGACUACCGUGCCACGUCCUAGUACGUCUCAAAAUGUUAAUCCAUCGACUACCAUGAACCCAAUGGUACCUAAUGUCCCCAAUAGUAUUAAAGAAAUUCCAGAAGCUUGUGUACAAAAUGUCGUUUCUACAGUUAAUUUAGGUACAGAACUAAAUCUUACGUAUAUUAAUACAAGGACUAGAAAUUCAGAAUAUAAUCCAGCAAGAUUCACAGGAUUAGUUAUGAGAAUCAAAAAUCCCACAACAACAGCCUUAAUUUUUCGUUCUGGAAAAUUAGUCUGUACUGGAGCUAGAAGCGAAGCAGAUUCUUGUUUAGCAGCAAGAAAGUUUGCUAGAAUUUUACAAAAAUUGGGCUUUCCGGUCAAAUUUUAUAAUUUCAAGAUACAAAAUAUAGUUGCAACGUGUGAUCUUAAAUUUCCAAUUAAACUAGAAGAAUUAAACCAUUCGCAUUUUCAGUUUUCUAGUUAUGAACCAGAGAUAUAUUCAGGUUUAAUAUAUAGGAUGGUUUCGCCAAGGAUGGUUUUACUUAUAUUUGUCAAUGGAAAGAUCGUAUUAACUGGUGCAAAGGAUCGAUCCGAAUUACAAUAUGCAUUGAUUAAUAUUUAUCCAAUAUUAAAAAGUUUUAGAAAGUAACAAGACUAUACCAUAGUCAUGAUAUUUUUUUGUAUCUUUUUAAAAUAAUAUUUUUCAUAAUUGAUCAACACACACAUAAAUGCGAAACUUCAUUAAUUAAAAGUAUUACUUAAUCACUUGCGCUACGAAUAAACUUUACGGUUGCGUUGCGUUGCGGUGCCGUGCGCUACACGUUAUUUUCUUUUUUCUGAUAAACGCCUCACAGUCUUGAAACAAAAGCUCUGCGUGGCACGUCUUUUUAGAGCAAGUGGUUAAAUAUUUAGUAUGUAUAUAUGUUUGCGUGCGUGCGUGCGUGUGGGUGUGUGUGUGCUGCAUGCUUGGCGCGUGAAUCUUCUUGCUUUUUUUUUUACGAUCUUGAUAGAAGCAAAUGAGCAGUAUAAUAAACAAUUAAUUGAAAUAUUGUACUUUUGAUUAUUGAUAAUAAUGAAUAAUUAUAAAUAAUGGACAUUUUCCAGCGGUGCGAUGUGCGAGAUAUCUUGUAUCUAGUCAGAUUAUAUUCGUUUUUUUAUGGAAUUUAAAAUAAAGCUUAAUGAUAAAUGUGAUAA